AUGGCAGGAAAAGAGCCCGAGAGGAGAAAAAUCCCUAUGGGGUACACACCGAUCACAGAAGUUUGUGGAGCUAAGCGUGUGGGUUAUUUUGGUCCUGCUCAAUUUUAUAUUGCUUUGAAGUUAAUUGCAGCAGCACAGUCAGGGUUCCCAGUACGGAUUGAGAGCAUUAAGAAUGAAUUGCCUCUGCCACGAUUUAUGGCGCUGAAAAAUGACACUGAAGUACGUUAUGGGACUCCAUCAGAACUCCAUGGAGUUAAAUUUCAGGUUCCACAUGCAACUUUGGAAAAAAAUUCCUACAAAAGAGCAGAUGAAGGGGACAAACAGGAACCCAAGUCUCCUCCAAUGUCUCCAAUCUGCUCACCUCCUGCUUCUCCAUCUACUUACCAGAGAAUACCCCUAAGUUAUGGAUAUGGUAAAGCAAGAAGUGGGCUGGAGCAGCAGCAUGGAGCUCCUUAUGAAGUCAGGCACUCUACUCACCAGCAAGAUGGACCAUCAUCAGGGAAUUAUGGAGCCAAAUCUUCACUCACCUGUUCAACUCCUAAACGGUCUCUUUCAGUGGAGCGGGAGCAGCAGGAUAGCAGCACCCACUACUCGGAUGACCCUUGGAGGAUAACGGAGGAGCAGCGGGAUUACUACAUUAACCAGUUCAGGUCCCUGCAGCCCGACCUGAACGCCUUUAUUUCAGGUUCCGUAGCAAAGAAUUUCUUCACAAAAUCAAAGCUGCCCAUCCCAGAACUUUCUCACAUCUGGGAGCUGAGUGACGUGGAUUGUGACGGGGCGCUGACACUCUCGGAAUUUUGUGCUGCUUUCCACCUUGUAGUUGCGAGGAAGAAUGGUUACCAGCUGCCUGAGACACUGCCGGAGACGCUGCUGCCCAAGUACCUCCAAGCAGCUUCUUUGAAGCCUGUGCUUGACUGUGCCCUGUAUGAUUCUUAUUCUGAGCCAUUGCCAGGCAGUCAGCAGACCCGGGACUUCAGUCGGACCGAGAAGUCAUCAGCUGAAGAGAUACCUGAUAACUCUGCACUGUUACAAGAUGGAAAGAAAGAUGACAAACAAGCUCUUAAAGUAAGCACUACUUUCAAAACUAUACCAAAGGAAUUUCAGCACUUGACUGUGAAAACAGCUGCUCAGGAAUCUAAUGCACUUAAAGCCAGACCACGAUCCAGGUCUUAUUCUAGCACAUCAAUAGAAGAUGCCAUGAAAAAGGGAGAAGAGCCCCCUACUCCGCCUCCAAGGCCUCAGAAGUCGCAUUCCAGAGCUUCCUCUUUGGAUCUGAACAAAAUAUUUCAGCAAAAUACACAAGCUGUGAGGUCCGGCUGGCUGCCCCCACCACCACCUGCACUGCCCCCUCGACCUUCUGUGUCUCAGACAGAGCAACCAUCUGAGGUUGAUUUACAUCCUCAGAUGAAUAGACCCCCAUCGCAGGCAGAAGAAAACAGUUCAGCAAAAAAGGAGGUUGUUCUUGCUCAGCCACCCUCCAAACCUGCCCGCAGGAAGCUCCGGACAGAGGCACAAGGGCUGGAGACCCCUGAGCUUUCUCCCACUAUAAAUGUGACUUCUUCCCAGCCAGCAGCCAAGGCUCAUCUCCCAGUUCAAAAACAGUCUUCCAAGCAGAAAAGGGCUAUUCAGACUGCCAUACGAAAGAACAAAGAAGCCAAUGCUGUGCUCGCCAGGUUGAACAGUGAGCUCCAGCAGCAGCUGAAGGAGGUUCACAAGGAACGAAUUGCCUUGGAAACACAGCUGGAGCAGCUACGUCCUGUCACCGUCUUGUGACUUCCCGCACUGCUGUGCUGAGCACGUGUCCCGACAGCCUUGCAAGGAGAGGACCUGGGUGUGGCUGAGCAGGGUUUCUGCCAAGGCAGUGGGGAGGACCAGCCUUGUCAGGUCUCCCCUCACCCCACUACACGCUUUUGCCUUUGCAGGUGAGGAAGAGACAGAAAACAAAUACCUGACUGCCAGAUAUUUCUGAGUGGGGGAUGCUUUGCCUUCUUUCUUCCUUCUUCCCAGCCUAAUGUGUAAGAGCAGUUUAUCACUGAAAUGAAUAACCUAAGAGUAUUUUAUUUAUGUAAAGAAUUCCUGAUUUAUAUGCAUUUUGGCAACACCUCCUGCCCUGCUCAUUAUGAGGUACAGCAUUCCUGAAUUCUUGCUUAAAUUGAAAACUCAUCUGCUGAGGAUGUGCUUCUGGAUGUCACUGAUUCUUGUAGGAUUGUAUCAUGGUAGAGUACCCCUGGAUUUAACAUACCAUAGGAAUAAAACUCACAAGAUGUACAGAAUCUUUAUCCUCAAUCACAUGUCAAAUAAUUAUUUUCUUAGUACUGUUUAUUAUGCAAUCAUGGAUGUAUUUUAAUGUUAGAGAACUUGUAUUUUAGAAGUUCAAGGCAUAUGAGAGAACAGUAAAAAAUACUAAAAUGUAGUUAUUUUGGAGAUUAGGAAAAAUAUCUUUUUUUGAACUACAGUUGUUUUUUAUCACCAGUGUUUGAUCACUUGCUUGCAACUGCCAGUGUCUGUGCAUUCUUCUGGCAUAUUUGAGAUCACUGGUUUAUAGCUUUUUUCUUCUUUUUUUUUUUUUAAACCAACAGUGUGUUUCUAACAACAGGUUAAAAAUCCAUUCAGGGCAUUUUUAUAGAAGCUAUUCUAUGUGCAUCUGUAUUAGUCUGCUUUGUUGUCUUAAUAGCUGCUGAUUUUUUUAAGGAUGUGUACAAGAACUGUAUUUCCAAAAGAAGAAAGAUAGCAAAGUGCUAUGUAUGAGGCUAUAAAAUGUGUGAUGGAAAUAAUUGCCUUUUACAGCAGGCUUUUGUUAAGGUUCCUUUGCACAUCAGUGGAGAUGCUACUGAUAGGAUAAAACUGCUAAUGCCCAUCUAUUUUCUAAAUGAAGAAGCAAAGAUGAAUUUUUAACCUGCGUUUGAUCCAGGGCCAACUGAAUCCCGUGGGGAUUUUUCCAUGGAUGCACUGGUCAGUGGCUUUGGUCUCAGUUCUUGCAAUGGAAGCUGGCUAACUAAUAUUGCUGUAUUUUUUUAGGCAAUACUCUUAGAUUGCGUGAGUUCAGACAUAAUAAUAUCAGCCCUGCUCCCACCAUGGGUAUGAUGUGCUUCACUGCAAGGGAAUGUCGCCUACCUGUUAUCCACCUUAAACAUGACACUGCACAUGUUUCAUAUCCUGUUGCUCACUGACCUAAUUUAAGUGUAUGUGUUUGCCUGGCAGAAACAGUGCAAAAAUUUUGUCACUGUCGUUGGUGUGACACUUUCUCCCUGUAGCUAUAGGAUGACCCUGGGGCUGAGAGGAAGGAGAAGCAGGUUUGAAGCAGCUGGGCAGCCUCUCUUCAGGGUGUAUCGUGGAAUGGCUGCCAUGGCAUAUCAGAGGGCACCAGAGCAGCCAAAAGUUUUGUUGGGAGAUAAGAAGGGCAUCAAUGAGAAUGUUUAAACUGAUGAGGAAACAGUCUACUUUUGCUGGAAAGAAUGUGGAUGUGGAACAUGAAUCCAGAAGUCUUAAGGUGAAAAUUGCCAUUUGCAGAAUUGUUACUGAAAGUGUUUUUGUGAUACAUUAGUUUUGAUUCAACUAAACAUCACUAUGUUAAUAAAAAAGAACUGUUUUCUCUGGAUUUGAGACUUUUCUUGUGUGACUAUUGCAUAGCUGAGGUCAGACAGUCAUUCCUGGUCAGUGACAAAAUGUGAGGAAUGCAAACAUUUCUGGGAAACUGCAAAAGAGCCACUGCCCUCUUGCUUGUAGUGAUAUUUUUCCAGAUUUAUCAUCAUUUAUUUAAUUUGUUCAUAGUAUUACUGAGUCAUUCUGGAGAUUUAAUGAGGCUAAGUGCUCUCUCUCUUUGCUUUUUAGUUCUUAUGUUGUCAUUUGGUUAAUAAACCGUUACUAUUUGGUAGAAAAUAAUCGUAUGGCACACUUGUUUUUUCUUAUAUGGGUGAUAUUUUAAGGAAAACUUUUCAAUUAUUACAAAGAAGUGUGCAUGCUGCAUUUUUAAGGCAGUGGAGGACUUUUUCAUGUUUGAUAGGAGCUUCCUUUGGAAUAAUCUUGCAUUUAUUUCACUUGAGUUAUUCAUGGAGUAGAUGCUGUUCUAAGGAAUUAUGGAAGAGUCUGCUUUAUAGUGUCUUUUUCAAAUGUCUCCCUUCUAAAAUAUGGAAAGUUUUUUCAUUCACUGGAAAUUAUGAUCCAUGCUUAACCAACAAUGAAAUACUUACUUGAUUGUUACUUUACCACUGGACUUAAUAAAUAAAAUAUUUAACCAUCUCUGCAUUUUUAGAGUUGCAGUCAAAUGCCCUGCUCAGCUUCAAUGACUAUAACGUGAGUUGAUUUGUAUUCUUUUUGGUAAAAUGUCAGUUAUGAUGGUGAUACACUAGUUCACAUAAAGAGUAAAGUGAAAUAUUCAAGGAGAAAUGUUGGUGUGUUUUACAUAUGGUGCAGAAGUUACUCUUCUGUGUGUCUCAACAGUUAAGCAUUUAUGAUAGCCCGUGCAAAAUGAAAAAGUAUGUCUAGUCUUGGGAAGCUAUUAGCAUUUUGAAGAGAGGAGAAGGCAUCACGAAGCUAUAUAGACAGUGCUUCUGGCAGUUGCUCCGUGCAGCCAUGCUCAUGGCUACUGUUAGCAGGCCUUGGCUGGUCCAAGUUCACAUCUAAAUCCAGGAUCACAGAUUUUCUCAAAAAUUAUUUUUCCUUUAGAAAAAUGUGGGUGUAGCAAAAUCAUAAUUUCUUGCAGAAACCUUUGCUUUCUCAAACUUUGGAUGGGAGAUGCUCCUAAAUUCAAAAUCAAAAAGGGAGACCUCAGAGGCACUUUGCUUGACCUGCAGGUGAGUGAUCAGCUUUAAGCCCCUGACAUGCCUGACCCAGAACAGUAACUAGGGUCUGCCUGUCCCAGCUUCCAGCCUGACCAAGGAGAGAGAGCAGAUUCCCAUGCAUAAGCUCUCACUGUCCUCAGUUCAUGGUUUCUGUAUGUACUGGGCAGAGAACAUGCCCAGCAACAGAGAAUAAAUGGGAACAGGAGGUGGAGCUCGGCAUCCUUGUAUCUGAGAGGAUGUGCUGACUGUGAGCCCCAUGCCCCAUUCCCAGUCUUCAACUGGACAAUUAAAUAUUUUUAUCUGGAGAACAGGACUAGGCAGAGUAGAUAAGGAUCUUCCUCAGUGUGGGUGUAAGUGUGCACUCAUGUCUUCCUUUUGAUUUUGCAUUUCUUUAUGGAUCUGUUAAUGUUUAUAUCACCAGGAGGAAGAGAGCCUGUAAAAGUUGCUAGCUAGGGAAUGAGGGAUGUCCAUUUCCCAGUACCUUCAGCCUUCAGCAUACACAGUCCUUGACAAGAAAAUACAUGGGCUCAUGAAACUGCAUAUUUUAUUGACUAAAGAGUACUUUUUCAGGAAAAAAA